CUAACGCAGUCUCUCUCUCUCUCUCUCUCUCUCUCUCUCUCUCUCUCUCUCUCUCUGGGCUUCGGUGGUGAUCACUUGGGUCGAAUACUGAUGAAGAAACUGGCUGAUCGGCUCCUUCAUCGUUUUACUAAUCAUGAAACCGCUUUAAACGCCGGCCACCACUGUGAUUUCUCGUCUACCCUUCUCUUCUCAUGGUUUCUUCAUCCUCUUGAAUUUCUCUCACUUGAGAAUGGUUUUUAGGCUGCUCAACGAAAUUGUGACAGCAAAGUUUGUAUUUUUAGCCCGGAUUAGUAAAUAAGCUUAAAUUUGUUGUUUACUUCAUUUUUUAUGACACUGUAAACUGUUUUUCUUUCCUUGUUUCAUCAAAUUGGGUUUGUUUCUUUGUUGAAAGAUGAUUUCCCUUCACUGGGUCUACGUAUAAAUCCAGAAAGGAAGGGACUUUAAACGAUCACAGAGUUACAAUUGAUUGAAUAUCGGAAAUAAACCAUUUUGCUUGACUAUCGGAAAUAAACGCCUUUUCAGUUUGUUUUAAGACCUGUUCUACAGAUCCUAUAUCUAUGACCAUUUCAAAACUCUUGUUUUACACAAGCACUUAUGAAACUUUGAGUAUCUCGUGCUGCUGCAUUCUGCGUAAAGAGGAGUUCUCAUAUUAAUCUCUUUAGUUUUUCUACAUUCAAAAGUGUUGAUUUUUUUCCUUACACUAAUAUCAGGCUCAGAGGGGACAGAUCAAGGUACAAGUGGUCUUAGUCAUAGGAAGGAUCACAGGAUGUCCUCUCAUGGUGUCCACCUGCAUGUCCAUGAUCGAUAUGUUGUGAUGGACAAUGGGAUCCUCCAAGUUACACUGUCAAAGCCAGGUGGAAUUAUCACUGGGAUAGAGUAUAACGGUAUUGACAAUGUGCUCGAAGUUCGUAACAAGGAGACUAACAGAGGGUACUGGGACCUGCACUGGAAUGAACCUGGAGGCAAGGGAAUAUUUGAUGUCAUCAGUGGAGUGACUUUCAGGGUCAUAGUCGAGACCGAAGAACAGGUUGAGAUCUCAUUUCUAAGAACAUGGGAUCCAUCCCUUGAGGGCAAGUACAUUCCCUUGAAUAUCGAUAAAAGGUUUAUAAUGCUCCGUGGCUCUUCUGGAGUGUACUCAUACGGCAUUUAUGAACAUCUUAAGGAUUGGCCUGGCUUUGAACUUGGAGAAACUAGAAUUGCCUUCAAGCUCAGAAAAGACAAAUUCCAUUACAUGGCUGUGGCAGAUGACAGAAAAAGGAUAAUGCCUUUUCCAGAUGAUCUAUGCAAAGGAAGAUGCCAAACUCUAGAUUACCAGGAAGCUUCUCUGCUCACUGCUCCUUGUGAUCCACGCCUACAAGGCGAAGUAGAUGAUAAAUACCAAUAUUCGUGUGAGAAUAAGGAUCUGAGAGUACAUGGAUGGAUAUCCUUCGAUCCACCAGUAGGAUUUUGGCAAAUUACGCCCAGUAAUGAGUUCCGCUCAGGCGGACCACUCAAACAAAACCUGACUUCACAUGUUGGCCCAACCACUCUUGCAGUGUUUCACAGUACUCAUUAUGCUGGAAAAACCAUGAUGCCUCGUUUUGAACACGGUGAGCCUUGGAAGAAAGUCUAUGGCCCUGUUUUCAUUUACCUAAAUUCCACAGCCAAUGGAGAUGAUCCACUUUGCUUAUGGGACGAUGCUAAGAUAAAGAUGAUGGCUGAGGUUGAAAGGUGGCCUUAUAGCUUUGUGGCAUCUGACGACUAUCCAAAGUCUGAAGAACGUGGCACAGCCCGUGGUAGAUUACUUAUCCGUGACAGGUUCAUAAACAAUGAUUUGAUUUCAGCAAGAGGUGCUUAUGUUGGUUUGGCUCCGCCUGGUGAUUCUGGUUCUUGGCAAAUUGAAUGCAAGGGAUACCAAUUUUGGGCUAUUGCGGAUGAGGCUGGCUAUUUCUCGAUAGGGAACGUGCGUCCUGGCGAGUAUAAUCUCUAUGCUUGGGUCCCCAGUUUCAUUGGAGAUUAUCACAACGGCACAAUUGUUAGAGUGACUUCAGGUUGCAUGAUUGAGAUGGGUGAUAUCGUUUAUGAACCUCCAAGAGAUGGACCUACAUUAUGGGAAAUCGGUAUCCCUGACCGAAAAGCUUCUGAGUUCUUUAUCCCAGAUCCUGAUCCCACUCUUGUAAACAGGGUGUUAGUCCAUCACCAAGACAGGUUCAGGCAAUAUGGGUUAUGGAAGAAAUACACAGAUAUGUAUCCAAAUGAUGACCUUGUUUACACUGUCGGUGUGAGUGAUUACCGCAGAGACUGGUUCUUUGCUCAUGUUCCCAGGAAGAAAGGAGAUGUGCAUGAAGGAACAACUUGGCAGAUUAUAUUUAAUCUUGAAAACAUCGAUCAAAAGGCCAAUUACAAACUGCGAGUCGCCAUAGCAUCUGCAACCUUAGCCGAGUUGCAGAUUCGAAUCAAUGAUGCGGAAGCAAUCCGCCCUCUCUUCACAACCGGACUCAUUGGGAGAGACAACUCAAUAGCGAGGCACGGGAUCCACGGGGUUUACAUGCUGUAUGCGGUGAACAUACCGGGUAACCGGCUUGUGCAAGGUGAUAAUACUAUAUUCCUGAAACAGCCAAGAUGCAAUGGUCCCUUUCAAGGGAUAAUGUAUGACUACAUUCGUCUUGAAGGCCCUCCUUCUUAGCUUAGAAUGAUAUGUGAUAUCAUUGUUUAUGUAUAGAUAUAUAAUAAAACCAAAAGAUAAUGGUAACAACUGAAUCAUAUUGAUAUGCAAACUCCCCAAACCAAAAUUCUGACAAC